AUGGCCGUCCCACCCCCUUUAGAAAAGCAGACAGGCAUUGUCACCGUUGGCGACGGGACAUUGAGUAUCUCGUCGGUGCCCGUUCCACCCGUUUCAUCGUCAUCUAUUCUCGUUCGCACCUGCGCCGUGGCCCUCAACCCUAGUGACUACAAAGUGCCGACGCGACUUCGUGUUUCCGGGCACCUGGCUGGUGGCGACUUCGCCGGCGUCAUCGUGGCAGUAGGCUCAGCUGUCGCAUCCAGUGAUCGGCCUCGGUGCAAACCAUGGGUCGUUGGAGAUCGAGUUUUCGGGGCGGUACAUGGUUGCAACCCAACGAAUCCGCAGUCUGGCGCUUUCGCCGAGUAUAUUGAUGCUGAUCCAGCUAUCCUGACUCGAAUACCCCAAGGAUGGGACUGGUAUAAGGCUGCGGCAUUUGGUGGGAUCUGCGUGGGAGCUGUUGCCCUAGCCCUUUACAAGGAGAUCGGUCUAGCGCUACCGCCUCAAGUAGACGUUGAAAAGGACGUCGAUAGUGCUGUGAAAGUAGCACAUAGCCUAGCCAGCAAUGAUGAUCUCGGCAGGACCGUGCUGGUAUAUGGAGCUAGCACGGCGUGUGGAACAAUGGCCAUCCAGCUGCUGCGAUUAAGCGGCUAUAUCCCAAUCGCAGUCUGCUCCUCGCAUAAUAACGCAAUGGUGUCCUCAUAUGGGGCGGCGUCCGUGUUCGAUUAUCACUCGCCGAGCUGCGCAGCGGACAUCAAGACCGCGACCAAGAACCAGCUGCGCUUCGUCCUGGACUGCAUCGGCACGGCACAGUCGACAGCGCUGUGCUACGCGGCCAUCGCGCGGACAGGGGGGCGAUACGUGUCUGUAGAGAGGUAUCCAGAGUCUGCAGCAAUGCGCAAGCUGGUCCAGGGCAGCUGGGUCAUGAUGCUGGAUAUGUUCGGCCGGGGAGUGGACAUGAAAGGUGGAUAUGAUCGGAAAGUAGAUCCUGCGGCGAGAGAUCUUGGCAGGCGGUUGUUCGCAGGACUAGAGAUGUUGGCCCAAGAUGAAGACAUCAGACCCCAUCCGAUGAGGCUGGUAAGAUCAGGCUCAAGUUGGGCAGAGUCUGUGCUGGCGGGGAUUGAUAUGUUGCAGAAGGGACAGGUUAGCGGCGAGAAGCUAGUCGUCGAAAUAAGGGUAUAG